AUGACAGAUAUGCCUCCUUAUCUCACUGUAAACGAUGAGGAGAAUAAUGGUGAGCCCGAUAGUGAUUCUUCGGACUUCGAUGAUGAUUUGCCUCUGAGCUUCAAUAAGCCAAGGCACCUAGAGCCUAUAAAGGGCGCUGAACGUGAGGAGCACUCGUGGAGAGUGAAGGAGAAGUACAAGACACAUUGCGUGGCACUUGUACUAUGCCUCAAUGUGGGUGUGGAUCCUCCUGAUGUGGUCAAAACACAACCAUGUGCUAGACUGGAGUGCUGGAUUGAUCCAAACUCAGUGUCACCAAGCAAAGCGCUAGAGAACAUAGGACACGCACUACAGACACAGUAUGAGAGAUGGCAGCCUAGGGCACGCUACAAACAGUCUUUGGACCCCACUAGUGAUGAGAUCAAAAAGCUGUGCUGCUCUCUGCGGCGCAACGCGAAGGAGGAGCGUGUGCUGUUCCACUACAAUGGACACGGCGUGCCCAAGCCCACGUCACAAGGAGAGAUAUGGGUUUUCAACCGGGCAUACACCCAGUACAUACCACUUUCAAUGUACGACCUGCAAACUUGGAUGGGGGCUCCGUCCCUCUAUGUAUACGACUGUUCCAAUGCAGGAGUCAUAGUCGAGAACUUCAAACAGUUUGCUGAACAGCAUGAGCGAGAUUAUGAGAUGCAGGCCAUGUCGAAGGGCGUGCAGGGCGCGGAGGGCGCGGCGGUGUCUUACAGGAACUGCAUCCAGCUGGGCGCGUGCGCGGCGGGCCAGGCGCUGCCCAUGUCGCCCGAGCUGCCCGCCGACCUGUUUACGGCCUGCCUCACCACGCCCGUCAAGAUGGCCAUCAAGUGGUUCGUGCUGCGCACGCGCCUGCGCGUCGCGCGCCACGACCUCGUCGACCUCAUCGACAAGAUCCCCGGGCAAGUGACGGACAGACGCACGAUGCUGGGCGAGCUAAACUGGAUCUUCACGGCAAUCACGGACACCAUCGCGUGGUCGUCGCUGCCCCCGGAGCUGUUCCAGCAGCUGUUCCGCGCCGACCUGCUCACCGCCAGUCUGUGCCGGAACUUCCUGCUGGCCGACCGCAUCAUGCGCUCGUACAACUGCACGCCGGUGUCGUCGCCCGCGCUGCCGUCGCUGGCGCGCCACCCGCUGUGGGCGGCGUGGGAGCACACGCUGGACCUGGCGCUGGCGCAGCUGCCCGCGCUGCUGGAGCGCCCCGCGCACGCCGCGCACUACCGCCACUCGCCCUUCUUCCGCGACCAGCUCACCGCCUUCCAGCUGUGGCUGGACCUGGGCAGCUGGGCGCCCGCGCGCCCGCCACCCGACCAGCUGCCCAUGGUGCUGCAGGUGCUGCUCAGCACGCUGCACCGCGUGCGCGCGCUGCAGAUCUUGUGCCGCUUCCUGUCGCUGGGCGCGUGGGCGGUGCGCUCCGUGCUCGCCGUCGGCAUCUUCCCCUACAUGCUCAAGCUGCUGCAGGCCUCCGCGCAUGACCUGCGCGCCUCCAUGGUCUACAUAUGGGCCAAGAUCAUUGCAGUCGAUCCGAGUUGUCAAGUAGAUCUGGUGAAUGCGAAAGGCCACAAGUACUUCCUGUCGAUACUGCAAGAUCCGACCGUCGAUAGUGAUCAUAAAACUUUGGCAGCGUUUGUGUUAGCCGGCAUCGUGGACAACUACCCGGCGGGGCAAGAAGCCGCAUUACAGGGGUCGAUGAUCUCGGCGUGCCUGGAGCAGCUGGAGGGCGGGGAGGGCGCGUGGCAGCUGCAGCAGUGGGCGUGCAUCGGGCUGGGGCGGCUGUGGCGCGGGCGCGACGCGGCGCGCUGGGCGGGCGUGCGCGACCUGGCGCACGAGAAGCUGGCGGCGCUGCUGCCGCACGCGCGGCCCGAAGUGCGCGCGGCGUGCGCGUACGCGCUGGGCGCCUUUGUGGCGGCGGGCGCGGCCGGCGCGCGCACCGACCACGCCAACGCGCUGGACCAGCAGGUGGCCGUGCAGCUGGCCGCGCGCCUGCCGCUCGACGCCUCGCCGCUCGUGCGCGCCGAGAUACUCGCCGCACUUCAGUGGAUGGUGUUGAUAUUCGAGCAACAUUUCAUCGCUGUAUACUUAAACGAGAGAUUACAGAGAAGCGACAGGGAGACGCUGCGCGGCGCGCGCGGGCACAUCGACCGCGGGCUGGACGCGCUGGCGCCGGGCCGCAGCACGCCGCGCACGCCGCCGCACGCGCACGCGCUACCCACCAUCGGGUUCGGGUCGGUGUACAUGAAGCUGUGGGGCACGCUGUGCGCGAUGGCGCGCGAGCCGCACCCGCAGCUGGCGCAGAUGGCCUCCGACAUCAUCGCAUACGUCUCCAACCAGGUGGACAGCGUGGGCGUGGGCGCGGGCGGCGGCGGGCGCGAGGCGGCGGGCGGCUCGGCGUCGCUGCCGCCGUCGCCCAACACGCGGCCGCACCACCACCCCGACGCCACGCGCACGCUGCCGCACAUGGGUCGCGGCAAGUUCGGUUUGCCGCACACGAUAUCGGAGGACUCUGUGGCGCACCGCAACCGCGACCGGGAUUCCGGCUCCUCUACCUCUAGUCAAACAAAGAAGCCGAUAGUGACGACGCAGUUCGUAGAGUGGGCCACGGCGCAGUUUUCGCGCGGCGACGCGUCCGGCGGCGUGUCCGGCCCCUUCGCCUCGGCCGAGCCGCCACCCGCCGAGCCCGCGCCGCCCCCGCCCGCCCCCGCGCCUGCGCCGCCCGCCCCCACGCCGGCCCCGCCCGCACUCGCGCGCGCCGCCGCGGCCGAGGGCGGGGACGCGGACUGCGAGAGCAGGGCGCACCACGAGCGCGUGUGGCGGCGCGUGCGCAACCGCAGCAUACGCAGGGAAGCCAGGGCGCUGCGGUCGGCGCCGCCGCCGCGGCUGGAGACGGUGGCGUUCCACUCGCGCUGCCCGCUGCCGCCGGCCGUGGUGCAGUUCCACCCGUACGAGCAGCACGUGGCGCUGGCCAGCAAGGAGAACUUCGGCGUGUGGGACUGGGGCACGGCCGCCAAGCUGUGCGUGGGCGCGUGGCGGCGCGCGUGGGGCCGCGUGUCGGCGCUGGCCUACCUGGACGCGCACGCGCACGCGCUGCUGGCCGUGGCCUCGCACCAGGGCACGCUGGCCGUGUUCCGCCCCACGCCCGAGCCCGCGCUGCUGGCCGCCUGGCGCGCGCUCGACGUGCGCCCCGCGCCCGACUACCGCCCGCCCUCCGCACACCCCAUAUCCAUAACGGUGGUGGGCGCAGGUCUGGCGCAGCUGGUGACGGAGCAGUUCUCGCCGGCGGACGAGCGCGGCGCCGCGCGGCUCGCAGACGCCGGCUGUCCGCCGACGCCGCCGUCGGGCACGCUGCUGCGCUGGAGCGCGCGGCGGCAGUCGCUGGCGCUGGCGGGGCAGGCGGCGUCGCUGCGGCUGUGGGACGCGCACGCCGAGCUGCUGCAGGCCGACAUCCCCACCGGUAGCGACGCGGCCGCCACGGCGCUGUGGCGCGGCGGCGCGCGCGUGCUGGCCGGCUUCGCGGACGGCAGCGCGCGCGCCUGGGACGAGCGCGCGCCGCACGCGCCCGCGCACGCGCUGCCGCCGCACGCCGCCGCCGUGCUGUGCGCGGCGCACGCGCGCGCCGACUCGCACGCGCUGGUCACGGGCGCGGCCGACGGCGAGGUGCGCGUGUACGACGCGCGCCGCCUGCGCAAGCCGCGCGCCGUGCUGCGCGCGCCCGCGCCGCUCGCCGCGCUCGACCUGCACCCCUGCGCGCCGCUCAUCGCAUGCGGGUCGGUGAACCAGAGCAUCAGCAUCUACGACCUGAACGGCGUCGCACUGAACACCAUCAAGUUCCACGAGGGCUUCAUGGGCGCGCGCAUCGGUCCCGUCUCCUGCCUCGCCUUCCACCCGCUCAGAUGCGCGCUGGGCGUGGGGUCCAAGGACUCGACGGUGUCGGUUGACCCCGCACCCCGCACCCGCACGGUAGUGAAGCCACACGUACCGAAGGCAACUGGCAACGUGGUCGCGGCGCCGGGCGCGGGCGGUGCCGACAUUGGCGCGCUGACCUUGCUUCAUAGAAAAUUCAUUUUACAU